AUGCCAGGCGCGGGGAGCGGCGGGGGAGGGGGAGGGCUGCGCGUGAGCACGCUGAACGGCGUGAAGGUGUAUAACGUGUCGGGCGGCAAGGCCGUGCCCGAGUGGAUUUCGGACAAGAAGAAGCGCGCUCUCAGGAAGGACGAAGACUACCUGCGGCGCAUCGAGCUUAUUCAGGACCUCGAGUUCAAAGUCGCCUCAACGCGGAUCAAGGCAUCUCGUGACGGCAAAUACCUCCUCGCUUCAGGCGUGUACCCCCCUCAGGUGCGCGUGUACGAGCUGGCAGAGCUGUCUCUCAAGUUUGAGCGCAAUCUGGAUUCAGAGAUUGUGGACUUCCAGGUGCUCACAGACGACUACAGCAAGAUUGCCUUUCUCUGUGCCGAUCGCUCCGUGUGCUUCCAUGCCAAGUUUGGGGCUUACUUCAAGACACGCAUCCCCAGGAUGGGCCGAGGGUUGGCGUACGACCCAGCCUCGUGUGACCUGCUGCUUGCUGCCUCCUCGCCGGAGAUCUACCGGAUCAAUCUGGAGCAGGGUCAGUUUCAGCAGUCGCUGCAGUCGCGGUCGCCAGCAGUGAACGUGAUCGGGCGAGCCCCCUCCCACGGGCUCAUUGCCUGUGGCGGGGAGGACGGCGCUUUGGAGUGCUUCGACAACCGCCAGGCCUCGGCCGUCUCUCGCAUCGAUGCAGUGGGAGCCACUGGGAACACUGAGCAGCAAGUGACAGCAGUGCGGUUUGAGGACACAGAGGGCAUGCAUCUGGCUGUUGGCACGAGCACAGGGCAGGUGCUGCUGUUUGACCUUCGCUCCUCCAAGCCCUACCGGAUAAAGGACCACAUGUACGGCAGCCCCAUUCACAGCAUCAAGUGGCACCGAGGCAUAGCGGGGUCAUCGCAGCACAUCAUCUCAACAGACAAGCGCAUCAUCAAGAUCUGGAACCCUGCCACGGGCACCAAUGUGACAAGUGUGGAGCCAACCGAGCCAGGCGGCAUCAACGACGUGUGUGUGAUGCGAGGCAGCGGGCUGAUCGUGGCAGCAAUGGACUCGCCCCGCCUGCAGGCAUACUUCAUCCCCUCCCUGGGGCCCGCACCCCGCUGGUGCUCGUUCCUUGAGAACAUCACGGAGGAGUUGGAGGAAGGUGGGGCAGCGAUGUACGAUGACUACAAGUUUGUGACGAGGGAGGAGCUGAAUGCACUGAGACUGACAGAGCUGCUGGGGACCAACCUGCUGCGCCCCUUCAUGCACGGCUUCUUCCUGCACUCUCGCCUGUAUCACAAGGCUAAGUCCAUAGCAGACCCAUUCGCAUGGGAUGCGUAUCGGCAGCAGAAGGUGAAGGAGAAGAUUGAAGCACAGCGAGCCAGCCGCAUAUCGGUGCAAAAGAAGCUUCCCAAGGUGAAUGCCAAGCUAGCAGCGCAGCUGAUGCAGCAGAGUGGGGGAGCCGAGGCGGCAAGGGAGGAGGGAGGGGAGGAGGAGGACGACGAGGAGGAGGAAGGGGCGGGAGGGAAGGCGCGGAAGCAGCGCAAGGCUGCGGCCAGUGCUCUGGCUGACCCUCGCUUCGCCUCUCUAUUCACUGAUCAGGCUUUCCAAGUGGAUGAGGACUCUCAAGAGUACAUGGCUCUGCAUGGGGGCAUGCGGGGAGGAGCAGAGGAGAGGCGGCAGCAGCAGAAGCGGGAUAAGGAGCUUCUAGAGGAGCAUUUUGAAAUGGUGGAAGGGGAAGAGGAGGAGGAUGAGGAGGAUGAUGGUGAAGAGGGAGGAGAGGAGGAGGAGGAAGAGGAGGAGGACGAGGAGGAGGAUGAGGAGGAGGAUGAGGAGGAGGAGAGGGGUGGAAGCGGGAAGAGGAGGUUGGUGCAGGGAGGAAAGGAGGAGGGUGUGUCACGGAAGAGAGGGGCCAAGGAGCCAAGGCUCUACGAAGCGAGAGACGACGUGCAUGCAGCAGCCUUUAGAAACCGCCAAAGCCUUGCCGCCCAGAAGAAUCUGCCCCUGGAGGAGAGAAUCGCACAGCUCCCGCGUUCGUCUGCUAGCGGUCAAGGCGCCGCCCAUGGCGGUCCUGUAAGGAGGGCGGGCGGCGCAGUAGAGUUUACUGUUUCAAUGCAGUCAAGGAGACGAGGGGGUGGGAGAGGGGAGGGAGGGGGAGGAGGGAGAGGAGGGAGAGGUGAGGGAGGGAGAGGAGGGAGAGGAGGCCUGCUUGGAGGGGAGGUAGAGGAGGGAGAGGGGGGAGGGGGGGGCGUGGGAGAGGGAGGGGCCGCGGUGGGAGGCGUUGACGUGAGUGGGGAGGGAGAGUCAUGCGAGUCACAUAGGAAGCGUGGAGGGUGCGAACGACGGGUUGCGAUAAAUCCCGUCAUUCCCCCUUCUGCUCCCCAUCAAUUCCCGCUCUGCUUUUCCAUCAAUUUCCCCUCUGCUCUCUAUUUCCCCCCCUGCUUCUCCUCCGUUCCCCCCCUGCUUCCCCCCAUCCCCUUCCCUGCUUCCCCCCAUCCCCUUCCCUGCUUCCCCCCAUCCCCUUCCCUGCUUCCCCCCAUCCCCUUCCCUGCUCCCCCCCAUCCCCUUCCCUGCUUCCCCCCAUCCCCUUUCCUGCUUCCCCCCAUCCCCUUUCCUUCUUCCCCCCAUCCCCUUUCCUGCUUCCCCCCAUCCCCUUUCCUGCUUCCCCCCAUCCCCUCAGCCCUCCUUCCCCCCACCCUCUGCCCUGUUCCACCCUGCCCUCCCCAUCCCUGCCUUUCCCUCCCUGCCCUGCGCUUCCCUUCCCCAUCCCUUCUCAACCCUUCCCUUCCUUUUCAUGCCCUCCCCUUCCCCUUCACACCUCACCCGCCCACUACUGUAGUUCCCAUGCAUGUGCACCCAUCACUGUCUCCCCACAUGCUUUCAUCAUGUGCGCUUGCUUGUGUUCCCUUGCAGUUGUUCCUUUGGCACCUCACACCACCUCCCCCAUGUUCCUUCACACAAUUAUUCCUGCCUACUCCACUCCCUGUAUUUUCAGUGGUGAAGCAGAGGAGCAAGCUGAGGCGCAGCUAA